AUUCCUUGAACUGAUUCAGAUGUGUAGAUUAAAUAUUAAAUAAAAAACAUAUUCUUUGGAUGUGUGUAUUGGUAAUCUUUCACGAUUUAUGUUUGUGUUUUUAAUUUCCAUUUUUUUCCAAACGUAAUUGAAAUUAAUCACAGUUAGCUUGUCAAUAGGCGUUACUCAUUAAUGCGCUGCAACAAGUAACAACUAACAUCAUUACACGUAAUGUAUACUAAUGAAAACAGUACCUAAGCUAAGCCUAAAAUAGCACUGACCUUCAUUUUGAUCAUGAUAUAGCAAAUUGGAUUAUUUUGUUGCUUCCAAUUAUGCACCAUGAAUUACUUGUUAAUUUACAUUAGUAUCUGUAGACGCUGUAUAUAAAUAGUUAUGUUAUGAGUAUUUGAUAACUUCCAAAUGAAAUGUAAUCUUAGAGAACUAGCUCUUUUGAGCGACAAACCAUGUGUGUUGGAGGGAAGACUAAAUUAUAAAAAGAUGACAGGAAAUUACCGAAACCAAGCAGUGUUUAAGGAGAGGUGGUUCAGACUUGUAAAUAAUUACUUAUUUUAUUUUAAAAUAAGUGAAAUGGGCAAAUUUGACACAAAGAAUCCAGCUGGUGUAUUUGUAAUGGAGAAUUCUUCAGUUCAAAUGGAACAUGGCCAUCAUAUUUCAUUUUCCUUUUCCAUUUCUUUUAUAGAUGAAGCAGAUAAGCGUCAUAUAUUUGCUGCUCGUAGUGAAGAUAAUGUGGUACAGUGGGUGCUUAAGUUAAGGCAAUGUUCAUAUGAGUAUUUACGUAAUCAACUUCAUGCCCUCCAAUCAAAAGUUUUCUCUAUAACUGGCAAGGAUCCUCUUCUGUUGGUACCAAGAAAUGAUGGCGCUUGUUUAUGGGCUCCAUCUGUGCCAUUUUCAACAGCUCCAGCAUGCACAGUAAAUUCGAAUUCAUUUAGCUGUCAUCUUCACACCAAUGGUGCCUUCACCUUAGAGAGGAGCAAGUCAGAUGUGCAGACUCAUAGCCACUUGAGGGAUAAAUACCAGAAUAAAACUACAUUCUAUACAGAUACAGAUAUAAAGACCAAUGAAAUUAAAAAGAAUACUCAGAUGUAUCAUAUAGAAAAAAGUAAAACAUCAAUUUUAACUUCAAGCUUAAACCCCAUAGAUAUAUCUAUCUUUGAUAAUAGACCAUUAUAUUCAAGGGCUGCACCCAGUCCACCAGUUAGAAAAAAGACAUCACCAAAUAUUAGGCGAAAUGAAAUUAACACCGAUGUUCAAGUUUUCACAGAACAAGGAAGAAGUUUAGGACAAGAUAGCAUUUUAGAUGUGACACCUGUUCCACCAAAAAGGAAAAUCUCACCAAAAUAUACUGAAGUGCAGGCAGAUGGUAUAAAUGACUCUAGUAAUACUGAAGGCAAAUUGAAUGAAGACCUUAUCAAGUUUUAGUUUAAGUAUUUACCCACCCAGUAUUGUAGUGUUUGUUUAUCCGGUUUUUUCUUGCCAAUAUAAAAUUACUGUAGUUAGGUACAGGCAGAGCUAGGCUUCAGUUUAUAUUUGGACUAGAGGUGUUCGUCGCUCCUCGCCGAUGAGACCGCCGCUGCCGAUCAAGACUCGACGCAACUAGCAAAAAUUGACGUAAACGGCGUACAAUAUUCGGACGCACGGUUGCUAAGCAACAAAGUGCCGUCCGCCCGUCUCCCGCUCUCAGCGCCUCGCGGGACAUUUUUAUUUAAAUUUGCUUACGAUUUGCGAGUAACAGAUUUUAGUUUGUAAAAUGUCGUUGAAAAAUAAUUAGCUUAAUGAAAUCCAAAAUUUUAUUACUGUUAGUGUGUUACAUUUUAAAAUUAAAAAUUUAUUUCUGUAAUUUAAGGUUCUAAGUGCUUUAUGCUUCCAAAAAACGUACUUAACUACUACAAUGUUACAUACUAAAUUAUGGUUGGGCUUUGAUAUUGUCAUUCAAGCCGCCAUUUUUUACCACGCCGUUUACGCCGCCGCCGACCAAUUUUUACCUCCACGCCCCCGCCGAUGAUUUCUGCAUCGGCGCACAUGACUAAUUUGGACGUAGUAGUGCUGAAGAUUCUUAAGUCUAGUAUUAAUUCUGUUAAUAUCAGUUUUUUAGCAUUUUUUAGUUUGUUUUUCAUUUAUUUAAGAACAGUUGUAUGUAUGUGUAUUACUGAGUACUGGUAAUUAUUUGAUCACAACUACUAGUCAAUUUUUAUAUGACCUUUAUUUAAUAUGAACACACCAUAUUGUAUUAAGAACUUCGACAAUGAAAUUCGAUAUUGAAAUGAAUAUAUACACUGUUUGGUGCAUAUUUACACAAUGCAUGCAAGUUACUCUCUAUACCACACAUGUAUAUAGUAUUAUGUAUCAGUUAUUGAUUUUGUAUUUUAUUAUGAUGAUUUUAACAUGACAUUAUAUAAGAACCUCAUGCAUAUCAUUUACGCUGCUGGCAUUUUUAUGCUGGCUGUACCUUUUGAGUUUACGGUUGGUUUAUAAAUAAAAAAUAUAUUAUCAUUAAAGUGUAUUCGGCUAAUUAUGAAAAAUUUUUACAAAAUUUAAAGGGUAUUUGUUUUAUCAUCCAUAAGACACAAUUGAUAGACUUAAAUUUACCAUCUUAUAUAGUUAUAUAGAAGAUGGAGUUCCAUCUGCUUGAAUAUAUGGAUCAAAUUGACGUACAAUAAACAAACUCACAAUCACGCUCAAAAAUUGUCUCAAGCAAAACUCUGCCUACGCGUCUAUUAGGCAGAGUUUUAUACAAUAGACUUUCAACAUUACUGUCCCGGAAUAAAGUGUUCAUUUGAAUGAAUGUUUUAAAGUUAUCUGUAAAAUGUGUUAAUGUAGGUACAAGUUUUAAGCAGCGUGGCGCUACAAUAGCGACAUUAAAUAAACACGGGUAAAACUACUAAACAGUAAUCAUAAAAAAAAAAUGCAUAAUAACAUAGUCUCACUAUAAUUGCGAUAGGUAUUUCCUAUAAGUAUUAUUUAUUACAGGAUUUCUAUCCGAUAAGUAUGCGAUAUAUUGUUACCAUUGGAACAUGGAUGUCAAUCUUAUCCAUGGAUUAAUGGUUCAUCUGCUACUCUUCACAUUUCUGUGAUAAAAAUGCUCCCUACUUGCAGUGGCCGCUAGAUGAAAGUUGACACUUCACAGCGCACGAAAUAUUGCCGCGUCAAGCGGAAAACUUUAAAUAGGUUUUAGAAUUAUCCGAUUUCAGAGUUAGCCGAAUGCAUCUUAAACAAGAAACAUACAAAGGUAUUAUAUAUUAUAAAGGAUAUCAAUAUUCAAAAUUACUUAUCUAUUUUUGUAAUAAAUGUCUAAACGAUUUUGGUAUCACGAGCUAUAUUCUUUAAGACAUAUUGUAUGAGUUUAUUAUAAUAUACUCCGUCCUUAAAUGCGGCAUAGUAUUAUACUGUUAAAAAAUUAUUAUGCUUUAAAACUCUCCUGUAACCUGUCGGAGUUGUCACGGAAUAUAUUUUAGUAAUUGUCAAAUGUUUUGAUUAAAAUUAUUUUAUAAAUUUA